UAGUAUUUGUGUCGACAUAACAAAACAUUUAGAUUGCACACUGCUCCCCACUUGUGUUGAUUAGGUUGUCCCACAGAGUCACUAUUACUUUGAUUACUCUGAUGUUGAAUUGGGGUUUCAUCUACUCAUCACGAAGGCUUUUACCUGUCUUACUUCCCUCUUUCUUGAAUCUUAAUUCUUGUCCACCAGCUUAGCUUUUUUUUUUCCCUUUAUUGCUACUCUUCAACUAACUUCUUUUUUGGGGACUUUUUUAACUGCUACGUUAAUACACGGAGUCUGUUCCUCGUUUUGGCGGUUUUUUUCCAGUGUGUGUAUGGUGAAUCUAAUUGCCAAGUGUUGAGUCUCUAAUUAAACCUUGUAAUUUGCAAAGUAAGUGACUCUUGGUUCCAGAUUUGUUUGUGAUUAUUGAGAUCUUAGGCUGUAACAAACCGGGGGACCUGAGAUUUCAAGAAAAUUGCUGAUAAUUGAGUUUCACCAUCUGAAAUUCAACUCGUAGAAACCUAACAGGACAUGAUGAGAGAGGCGCAACAAGGCACUCACACUCUGAGGUCCCACGGAAUGACACUAGCAAGAACUCACAUGCACGACUGGAUCAUACUCGUACUACUCGUCAUCCUCGAGUGCAUCCUCCUCAUAAUCCACCCGUUUUACCGCUUUGUCGGUAAAGACAUGAUGACUGAUCUAAGCUACCCUCUAAAGAGCAACACCGUACCUAUCUGGUCUGUCCCGGUCUAUGCGAUGCUGCUGCCACUGGCUAUAUUCGUCUUCAUCUACUUCCGUAGGAGAGACGUAUACGAUCUUCACCACGCGGUGCUAGGUCUGUUGUACUCUGUUCUGGUGACGGCUGUGCUUACUGAUUCGAUAAAGAACGCAGUUGGUAGACCGCGUCCUGACUUCUUCUGGCGUUGUUUUCCUGAUGGCAAAGCUGUUUAUGAUAGUCUGGGUGAUGUGAUAUGUCAUGGUGAUAAAAGUGUUAUAAGGGAAGGGCACAAGAGCUUCCCAAGCGGACACACUUCAUGGUCUUUCGCGGGACUAGGAUUCCUGUCGCUGUACUUAUCGGGGAAGAUUCGAGCGUUUGAUGGUAAAGGACACGUUGCGAAGCUGUGCAUUGUCAUACUCCCUUUGCUAGUUGCAGCUCUUGUUGGUAUCUCUCGUGUGGAUGACUAUUGGCAUCACUGGCAAGACGUCUUUGCUGGAGGCUUGCUAGGUCUUGUGGUCUCUACGUUCUGUUAUCUUCAAUUCUUCCCGCCACCAUAUCGCACUGAAGCUUGGGGACCAUAUGCUUACUUCCUUGUGUUGGAGGCGGCACGAGCUCAAGCUCAAGCUCAAGCUCAAGCUCAAGCAGCAGAGAAUGAAGCGGCCCAACGACCGCCUCAGGGUGAUAACGGUGAAGAGGAAGACGGUGGGUUUAUGGGACUACAUUUGGUGGAUAAUCCGAGUAUGAGGAGAGAAGAAGCAGAUGUAGAAGCUGGUAGAGUGCCGUCUAGAGGCUGAGAUUAUAAAGAAUCACUGAAGCUGGUUUGGUUGCAGCUUAGGACACUUUUGCCUUGUUCUUAUACAUUCUUUUGUUUGCUUACUUGUCUUUUGGUGUUUGGUUUACAGUUUAUUGCUUUUAAUUUGUUCAGUUCAGUUUUGUCGAACCAAAUGUUAAAGCCAAAACGCUUCUAUAAUCUCCACUCCAUGUUAUAGAUUAAACGAAAUUAAUGAAGAAAACGCUAUUGAAAGAUCA